GCAAUACCAAACACGAAACUAAUGUCCUUGACUUCAAACAUAAAACACGGUGGCGUAACAUUACAAAUAUGUCGAUAUUAAUUAAAUGAUAGGUAAAAAAAAAAAAGAAAAAAAAACUCGUGUAAUUAAUCAAUUAUUAUUAAAACAAUCUUUUUACGUUUCGGUUAUGUGAUGCCAGUAAGCAAUAAGAUAGAAGCACAGAUAAAAACUGUUAAUUUUAAUAUCAGAGGAAGAUCAGCCAUUCAAACAGAAUUUCAGGAUGAGAGUAAAUUCUUAACGAUUGCACCAGCACUACCGGUUUUACCUGGAACACUUACACCGCUUAAAUUGUCCAAACGUUCAUAUCAUUCUUUAAGUACCGUAGGAUCAUCAUUUAACUUUGAAUCACCUGAAGUAGAAAGUUCUAAUGCAGUUACGUUGCAAUGGAUGGGAGAAGGAAAAACAAUCAGCGCAAUACGAGGACCAGCAGAAAGAGAAAAAAAUCCUGAUAGAAUAUCCCUGGAUAGAAGAGGUUUGACUGUAUUUCCAAAUAUAAUCGGAGAAUCAAAAUUACGAUUGAUAUCUUUACAACAUAAUCUUUUAACGAAGAUUGAAGGAUGCAAUUUUGAACAAUUAAAUAAAUUAGUAUUUCUUGAUUUGUACGAUAAUCAAAUAGAAAAGAUCUGCAGCUUGGAAUGCUUAGAAAACUUGAGAGUAUUUUUAAUGGGUAAAAAUAGGAUUAAAAAGAUAGAGGGAUUAAUGCAACUUUGCAAACUCGAAGUGUUAGAUUUGCAUGGCAAUCAGAUACAACAAAUAACAGGUUUAAAUGGUCUUUCGUCUCUGAAAGUUCUUAAUUUAGCUGGGAAUAUUAUUAAGAUAGUUGGAUGUAACGAUUUUCAUGGCUUGACGUCUUUAAAGGAAUUAAAUCUUCGACGUAAUAGAAUAAAAAAGCUUUUGGGAUUCGGUGAUAUACCACAACUGCAGAAAUUGUAUUUAAGUAACAAUGAUAUAUACAAAGUAGAAGAUAUGGGUAGCAUAGUCAAAGCGUUUCAUAUCAAAGAAAUUUCAAUUGAUGGAAAUCCGAUAACUUUAAACAGCGAUUAUAUAUCUUUCCUUGUAUCUUACUUACCUAAUCUUCAAAUAUUAUCAUCAAUGCAAAUUACCGAACAAAUUCGUAGAACUGCUAUAGCUUGGAGAACUGCUAAGGAACAAGUUAAUUCAGCUUUCUUGGAUCUUAGUACGCAAGUAUGUAUGAAUGUACAACGGGAAGAGAUCAUUUCUAAUGCAAAAACAAAUUGGGAAUUUUUGAGAUCAAAAAGCAAGCCUACUACCAAUGACAAUAAGAUGAAUAAUUGUAAAAUUAAUAAUAACAAUAAUAUGCAUAACAAACUUAAUAUUAUUAGACCAAAAAGUUUAAGCAAAGCAAGAUUAAAAGGAUUUGGAAGUUUAACAUCUAUUAAUGAAAAAGUAGAAGCUACGAAAAUACAAAUAAAUAAAAGAAGCAAUUCUACAGAUAGUUUACAUAAAUUAGAAGACACUUCUAAAACAUAUCCAUUAGAAUUUAAACUUCCACCUAUUUUAAGUUCUAUAAUAGACAAUUUAAUGAAUAAUAAAUUUAAUGAAAAUUUAUUGAAACUCGGUAAUAGUUUAGGAACAUUAAAUGAUGUUACGAGUAGUGCCAAUAGUGAAACCGAGAGUUCAGAAAGUCAUGAAAGUUUAAAAAGUGGUUUACGCUGUCAUUUAAUACACUCAAGUAGGCGCACAUCCUCAGUUGAUUCUGAAAAAUAUUCUGGGCAUAAUAAAAUUGAUGUUAGAAAAGAUGGAGAUUUAUCUUCAACAUCUAAAACAUUAAUAAGUAUGACAAAUCAUGUUGCUGAACCAUCGGUUUACAAGAAUCACAAAACAACUAUACAAUUUAUUGAUGAUAAUGUAGAAUCUAACAUCAAGUUAGAAGAUUCGUCUACAAAAUCUUACCACGAAGAUGGAAUAUCCGAAGCAAAUAUUUCAAACGAUUGUGAAACAAUCCAAGCUAAAUCAAAUAGUAAUCACGUUAAAUAUUAUUCUAUAAAUUCUAAGAUUAAUAGUCUUGAUAGUAGUAAGUCUACUUUAAGCGAUUCAAGUACUUCGUCGUUGAGUAAAAAUAUAACACAUAAGAAUCAUGAUUUUGAAAAGGAUAAGCACAGAGUAAAAAGUGCGCAUGUAAAAAAAAUAGUUUAUUAUAAAAGUAACAGAGCAGCUACUGCUAGAGUAAAAUAUAGAGCCACGGUGUCCACAAGCCCAAGGCCGCAACAAAUUUUACCAAGAGAGAGAGAACAAGGCAGUGAUUAUUUAAUUGAAAUAAUUGGUCGUUGUUUAAAUGUUUUUGGCCAAGGUGCAUUACGUUUUAUUGAUCGUUCGUGGGAUACAUUAAAAGCAGAAGAUGUUAAUGUUGUUAAAUUCAACUAUGUUCAGUUUAAUAGCAUAGCUUUGAUUUUAAAUAAAUUGAAGAAUCGUUUUCCAAACGUAGAACAUUUUUUAUUCAAAGAAACUAAUAUCAGUCAUCUUGGACAGAUUAAUGCAUUAGCCGAAGCACAAGGUCUUGGAAGUAUUCGGAUAGAAGCGGAAGGAAAUCCAAUAAUAUCCAAAAAUUGGAGAUCUUAUGCUAUAUUUCGCUUAGCACAUUGGGGACUUCAUACUAUCAAUGGCAAAGAGAUUACUGAAGAAGAAAUUGAAUAUGCAAAUGAGGAAUAUGCUGGAUUGAUAGAUAUCGUAAUACAAUCACUGCCAGAUUCUUUACUGCAACCAUUAUUGCAAAGAUUACAUUUAGAAAAGGUGCAAAGACAAAAUGGGGAACAAAUCACUGCCAAACAGUUUCUAUUUAACAGCGAUCCUGCUCUCAGAAGUGUCGUUGGAAAAGAAGCUCUUCAAUGGAGAAAGGGAAACGUAACACAAGAGGAUCUAAUUUGGAGGCACAAAGGAAAAGUGCACUUAUUGAACUUAAUUGAUCUCACUGUUGAUGCCAUAGAAAAAUUACAAAUACUUGAAAACGAAUGGCCAAGUAUAUUAAAUAAAAUCAUUUAUCAGGCUUUGUCUGAUUUUUCAGAUAUGGAUACGUACAUGAAAAAAUGCAGUAAAAUGCUCGAUAUCGAUAAAUUAUUUAUUAAUAAUACAUAAUUAUAUCCCAUUAUAGAAAGACUUUGAGUGUAAUCGUUCAAUAUAAGUAAUCAUUUAUUAUUACAUAUAUUCAAUGAUAUAUAAACAUUAAUUAUAAGAUGGGAUAUAAUUAAAAUCACUGAAGUAUUGUAUAAUCAAUAUUGUGGAAGGACAAGUCUGCUACAUAUAUUAUACAAUUGUUAAUUGUUCCUGUAUUAAAGGAGUUUAUUGUGAUGUUAUAACACAAGAAAAACGAAUUUUACAUAUACAUAUAUAUAUAGAAUCUUAAUAAAGAUUUUAUAUAUAGAA